UGAUGUUAACACGUGUCUUUAAAAAUAAAAGAGAAUGAACCAGCUCCGUCUGGAGGCUGACGAAUCCGCUGCCAAAGUCGAGGAGUUGCAGACCAAGGUCAAGGCUCUCGAGCAGGAAAACCUCGCCAAGGAGCAAGAGAUCACCUCGCUCUCCCACAAGAACGGUCUUCUCGAAACCGAGAACGAGAAGCUCGAUACCACCAUUAAGGAGCUAAAGAAGACGGCCGAUGAGGGCUUGCAACAUGGUACGCACAACGAAACCCUGCAACGAAGACUCCAGCUGCUUGAGGAAGAAGCCGAGGAGGCAGACAAGACCCUCCGUGAGACAAAUGAGAAGCUCCGCCAAACUGACGUAAAAGCCGGCCAUUUUGAGCGCAAGGUACAGGCGUUGGAGAACGAGCGGGACCAGUGGGAACAGAAGUACGAGGAGAUGUCCAAGAAGUACCAGGCUCUCCAGAAGGAGUUGGAGGACCUCCAGGCCGAAAUCAGCAACAUCUAGAUUUAGGGCGGUAUUGCGUGCGUCGAAACCGGUGUCGCGAGACGUCGAGGCUGUGCCUUAGAGGCCGAGGAUUUCCUUUUCUUACCAGCACUGGCACUAUGUCAGCUUACACGGCGAGCACCUGCUUGAUCGACCGACCUUACCGACAAUUUUUGAGAGUGGCG